AUGGAGAAGAUAGGCUACAAACCUAAUGCCGUUACCUACGGAACGAUAAUGAACGAUUUGUGUAAAAUAGGUGAGAUCACAGUGGCUAUUAGGAUACUUAGAAAGAUGGAAAAAGGAAAUCUUGAACUUAAUGUAGUGAUGUAUAAUACAAUCAUCGAUAGUUUAUGCAAGGACAGACUGGUAAAUGAGGCUUUAAACUUUUUAUCUGAAAUGAAAAAUAGAGGAAUUCGGCUAGACGUUUUCACUUACAAUUCUUUAAUUCUGGGCUUGUGCAGUUUCGCCCGGUGGAAGGAGACAACUAAGCUAUUGACUGAGAUGGUGGAAAGAAAAAUCAUGCAAAAUGUGCAUACAUUCAACAUAUUGGUGGACACGCUUGGCAUGGAGGGGAAGUUGACAGAGGCAGAUGAAGUUUUUAAUGUGAUGAUUCAGAGGGGCAUAGAGCCUGAUACAAUCACUUAUAAUUCUUUGAUUGACGAAUGUAAAAGAUCUGUGCUUGACAAUCUUCAGCCUCAUAGUAACUUGAAAAGUCUCACCAUCAACAACUAUGGCGCCGAAAGUCUUCCGGAUUGGGUUGUGCAUCAUUCAUUCUCUAAUAUAACAUUCCUUCGCCUAGAAAACUGUAAGCAUUGUCUCAAAUUGCCACCACUUGGACAGCUACCUUCUUUACAGAACCUCUCUGUUGUUGGGUUUGAAGGAGUUGUUAAAGUAGAUCGUGAGUUUUAUGGUAGUGAUUCUUCAUCAGUUAAGCCAUUUGGAGCCCUGAAAGUUCUAAGGUUUGAGCAAAUGUUGAAGUGGGAGGAAUGGUCUUCUUCUGGUGCUGCUGAAAACGAAGGUGGUACUUUUCCUCAACUUGAAGAGCUUUAUAUUGAUUCAUGCCCCAAGCAAAGAGGAGGGCUGCCCGUCCAUCUUCCUUCUUUAACCAAACUUGAGAUUCAUAAAUGUCCGCAGCUAGUGGCUUCACUUCCAAGAGCUCCAGCUAGUGGAUUCAUAAAUGUCCAGCUAGUGGCAUGA